AUGGAGAAGAUGGAUAGCCAACAUCAGCACAUUGAAAGUGCAAAUGCUAGUCAAGGAACGGAGUCUGGAAAGCAAUGCGAUUUGUACGUCGAAGACCGAAUAGCUCAUCUAUCUGAGGUACAUCGCCAUUAUAUUCUUGCGAAGCAUGGAACGCUCGAUCUGGAGCCAAUUCCUGACAUGUCCGAUGCCGAUCCAUACAAUUGGCCGCAAUGGAGGUCUGCAUUUGAAAGUAUCUCCGAAGAUCUCGAUGUAAGUAUGCAGCAGACCAGCUACCUCGUUUCCCUCGUCAUUGUCGUACUGGGUGGUGCGCCUCUUUUCUGGCGCCCGCUGUGUAAUCGCUAUGGUCGCCGCCCCAUCUUUCUCAUCUCGCUGAUCUGCAGCUUGGUUGGGAAUAUUGGCUGUGCGAAAAGUCGUUCCUAUACAGCCAUGGGUCUCUGCCGUGCUAUUACUGCAUUCUUUAUCAGCCCUGCAGCUGCUAUUGGUAGCGCCACUGUCGCGGAGACUUUCUUCCGAAAAGAUCGUGCGCGCUGCAUGGGUGCGUGGACCGUAAUGGUUACUCUGGGUGUCCCUGCUGCUCCGUUUCUCUUUGGAUUCGUUGCUUUGCGUGUGGGCUAUCGCUGGAUUUACUAUAUCCUUGCAAUUGUUAACGCAAUCCAAUUCGUCCUCUACUUCUUCUUUGGGUCGGAAUCCCUUUACGUCCGCAGAAAUGUACCCUCCGACAACGUUAUCGCCGCCAAGCAGAGUCUCUUUAAAUUCCGCCGCAUUGACCCUGCACCGCUGAAACUCUGGGACUUCUUCCAGCCCCUGAGCUACGUGAUAAAACCAUGUGUGACCAUCCCAGCCGUCGCCUACGCAAUGAUCUUCCUCUGGGGCAGUGUCGCGCUCACAAUCGAGAUCUCCCAGAUCUACCCGGCUAAGUUCAACCUCGACACUCAACAGGUCGGUCUGCAAUUCCUCGGUAUUAUUAUCGGGUCUGUCAUCGGCGAACAAAUUGGCGGGUUUAUCUCCGAUCGCUGGAUGCUUAUGCGUCAGAAGCGGACUGGAGAACCAUCCCCGCCGGAAUACCGCCUUUGGCUGAGUUACAUUGGCCACGCUUUGACGAUCUGUGGUAUUGUGGUUUUUGCUAUCGAGAUCCGGGAUUCUGGCGGUGCAUGGAGUAUCACGCCCGUUAUUGGCGCCGCUAUUGCCGCUGGUGGUAAUCAAAUCGUUACCACUGUUGACAUUACUUAUGCGGUUGACUGUUACUGUGAAGAUGCUGCCAGUGUCGGUGUGUUUAUUACCUUCGUUCGGCAGCUUUGGGGUUUCACUGGUCCUUUCUGGUUCCCUGCGAUGUUUGAGGUUGUUGGCUGGGCUGGUGGUGCUGGUAUUGCCAUUGCUCUCAUGGUUGGUGUCGGUGUUAUUCCGACUAUUUUGGUGCAGUGGCGAGGAGCUGGCUGGCGUUGA